AUGCCGAAGACAUGGGAGACCAUGCCAAAUGUGAGUGCGCGUGGGAAGUGCAUGAGGAAGUACGUUACGAUACUUGCAUUAGCUGAUGAGAUGGUGCCCUUGUCCAAUUCUUUAGCAUUAGCCCCACGGCUGAAGAGGAUGCCCCGGGUGGACUUCAGCUACAACGGCAUGAGCGACCAAGCGCUGUGGAUGCUGCUGGACUGCCUAGCGCAGUUUGAGGUACAGGCAGGCUACCUCAAGCUCAACAACAACAGGAUCUCAGGGGCUGGGAUCUUGGCGCUUUGUGAGUUCAUUCGGAACAACAACAAACGUGCAGGCCAGAUCUAUGAGCUGCACUUAUCGCAAAACGAGAUCGACGACGCGGCGGCAUUGGAGCUGCUCAGGACGCUCAAGGAGCUGAAGCACAGGUACCCACCAAAGAGGGAGAUUCACGGAUAUGAAGGCCUUCACCUGGUCCCGCUGUGGCUGCGGCUGAGUCGGAACAAGAUUCGCGAUACCGCAGCUUUGCUGGAAACAAUGAAGGCUGAGGAGAUCACCUCCUGCGACGCGUGGCGCGGAAACGGAUGUGGCCCGGGCUACUGUUCCUGGGAGGACUGCCCGCUGGUGCACCUGCCCUUCCUCACCGAGCAGGCGCUUGAAGAGGAAGAGGAGCAGGACCCUGCAGAAGAGGGGAACGACACCCACGACGGCGAUGGUCGUGAGCAUCGAGACCGGCCCCGGCGCCGAGGAGGGCGAAACCGAAAUCGCUGGAAAGGCACCGGAGAGGAAUGA